ACACAGACACAAAGUGUGGGCGGGAGGACUUAAAAAAAGAAAGUGAAAAUAAACAGUACUGGCAACCAGGAAGAAUGAAGAGUCAAAGUCACUGAGCAAUAUCACUGAUGGGCUAGGGUUUGUCUCAACGUGUCCAAGGGGAUUUUAUUGUUGUCCUUUUGCUGAUCAGAGAAGGAAGGGCAGCUCAUCCAUAAUGGCUUCCGUGAGACUGUUACUACUAUUUUUAUUCAACCUACCUCUGGCUGAAUGUUGGAGUUCACCAGGUUCGACCAACACUCUAGGAGAACCUUCUGUGGACACUCAUAAUCUAUCUUUUCCAUGGAGUCGUCUUCGUCUGCCAAGGUACGUCAUUCCUCUUCACUAUCGCCUCCUCCUGCACCCUAACCUUACAAGCCUCAGCUUCACUGGCUCAGUGCAGAUCCAGAUUGCAGUCCAGAACAACACAAACUGGAUUGUAUUACACAGUAAGGGUCUGCAGAUCUCCAGAGCCACCAUAUUGGAUCAGAACCUUUCACCUCUUUCUGACCAGGUUCUCCCAGUGCUCUACAAGCCUUCACAUGAGCAGAUUGGCAUUUUUUCUCCCAGGGUGCUCAGCACUGGACCAACUUACUUCCUGUAUAUUGAGUUUGGGGCAGAUAUUGCAGAAGGCUUCUCUGGUUUCUAUCGUAGCACCUACAGAACCACUGCAGGAAAGACCAGAACUUUAGCUUCUACUCACUUUGAGCCAACCGAUGCUCGCACAGCUUUCCCUUGUUUCGAUGAGCCAAACUUCAAAGCCAACUUCUCUGUUCGAAUCAGGAGAAGCCCAGCUCACAUUGCUCUUUCCAACAUGCCUGUUGACAGGACAGUUAAGGUAAACUCUGAGCUGCUUGAGGACAGAUUCGCCGUCAGUGUGAAGAUGAGCACAUACCUUGUGGCAUUUGUCAUCUGUGACUUCAGAUCCAUUUCUGCAACAACAUCUACUGGAGUAAAGGUGUCCAUCUAUGCCGCUCCUGAGAAGUGGCCUCAGACCCACUAUGCUCUGGAUGUGGCUGUAAAAAUGCUGGACUUCUAUGAGAAGUACUUCAACAUCCGCUAUCCUUUACCCAAACAAGACCUGAUAGCCAUUCCAGAUUUUCAGUCUGGUGCAAUGGAGAACUGGGGUCUGACGACCUACAGAGAGACAAGCCUUCUCUUUGACCCUCUGACCUCCUCGCUACAUGACAAACUCUGGGUGACCAUGGUGAUUGGUCAUGAACUUGCCCAUCAGUGGUUUGGUAAUUUGGUGACGAUGGUGUGGUGGAACGACAUUUGGCUCAAUGAAGGAUUUGCCAGGUACAUGGAGUACAUUUCAGUGGAAGGAACAUACCCUGAGCUUGCAGUGGAGGAAUAUCUUCUGCACACUUGCUUUGCAGCUGUUGGCCUUGAUUCAUUGAAUUCAUCUCGCCCAAUAUCAAACGCAGCAGAGAGCCCAACUCAGAUUGAAGAGAUGUUUGACACAGUCUCUUAUGACAAAGGAGCAUGUGUCCUUCACAUGCUGAGGUACUUUCUGACUGACGAUGUGUUCCAGAGUGGGAUUGUGCGAUAUUUACGUAAAUACAGCUACAAAAAUGCACAGAACCAAGAUCUGUGGGAUAGCCUGUCAAAUACAUGCACAGAAGAUGACUUUGUCUCUGGAAAGCACUGUUACACCAGUGAGCACGCCACCAGGAAUGCAUACAUGUUUGCAGGAGAACAUCUGAAUCUGACAGCCAUGAUGAACACUUGGACUCUGCAGAAAGGCGUUCCUCUGGUAACUGUCACCAGGAGGGGGCCUCGUCUGCUGAUCAGACAGAACAGAUUUCUGAGGACGGUCAUGCCUUCAGACCCACUGUGGCCCUCACUACAGAAGGGUUUCCUUUGGCAUAUCCCACUGACAUACAAGACAAAUGGCUCCAGCUUAAUUCACAGACACCUGAUGACAACACACACAGACAGUAUACAUGUAGGAGAAGAAGUGAGCUGGGUGAAAGUGAACACUGACAUGACUGGCUACUACCUGGUUCACUAUGAGGACGGGGGCUGGGACAACAUGAUCGAUCUCCUAAGAGAAAACCACACUGCUCUGAGCUACAAAGACAGGACUCACUUGAUCCACAAUGCUUUUCAACUGGUCACCGCUGGUCAUUUGCCCAUACAUAAAGCCUUAGAUCUUAUUAGUUAUCUUCAAAAGGAGACAAACACAGUUCCCCUCCUGGAAGGACUGGGAUACCUGGACGCAUUUUAUCACUUAAUUGAAAAAAGAAAUGAGCCUGAGUUAACGCACAUUCUGGGGUCCUACAUUCUAAGAUUUUUCCGUGAGGUCAUCAAUCAGCAAACUUGGAGUGAUGAAGGCACAGUGUCACAACGACGGCUGAGGUCUGAGGUCCUGUCUCUUGCCUGUCAUCUGAGUGACCCUUCCUGCAUCCAGCAGGCCAAAAGUAUUUUCAAGGACUGGCUUCAUUCUAAUGGAACUCUCAAUUUACCCACAGAUGUGGCACAGACUGUGUAUUCAGUUGGAGCCCAGGACGACCACGGCUGGAAGACACUUUUACACACAUACAACUUCUCCCUCUCUGAAGUUCUAAAAGACAAAAUCCUUCAUGCCCUGAGCCGUAGCACAGACAUCAGCAAGUUGGAAAGGCUGCUGCAACUGGGUCUGGAAGGGAAUGUGAUUCGAAUGCAGGAUCUGUCUCAUGUUGUACUUAUGGUGGCGAGGAACCCACAGGGACAUCACCUGUCCUGGAACUUUGUCAAAAAGAACUGGGACAUGCUAGUCAAAAAGUUUCACUUGGGAUCAUUCUCUAUUAGAAACAUCCUGAUUGGCACCACAAGCCAGUUUUCCACCCAAGAGGAACUCAAUGAUGUACAGCGUUUCUUUGAGUCCAUCAAAGAACAGGCGUCUGAACUUAGAGCAACUCAGGUUGCUUUAGACAACGUGCAGAAAAAUGUCCGCUGGAUUCAGAGAAACCUGGAGACUCUGAGAAAGUGGCUUAGUGACCGUGUGAAGUGAAUUAAUUAAUUUGCAACAAGAAAGGUGGUUGAUAUGAAUUGUACUGUUUAGAUGUUUUUUAAUUGUAGUUUUUAAUACAAUGAAUCCCACUCCAUGUUGAACUGUACUUUCUAUGAGCUUCAAAGGACAAAAAUUGUUCAAAUUAAAUUGUGUUUGGUUAAACAAGUUAUACUAUUAUUACAUGGGAACUUUACAUGUGUAGUCCUUAAAGGCUAUACUUUUGGAGACUUAUUUUGUAAAAUUAUAAUUUCAGUAUUAUUGCAAAAGCACUUAUUCAGGUCAUGGAUUUGUUUUAGGAAAACAUUGUUUCUUCUUUACAAAACACAAAAUGAGCUUGUGGGUGUGUUUAUGGAAACAUACUUUACAUUGGGUUAUUUGAAUGCAAACUUCUUUUCACAACCAAAUAAAAUUGAGUUUUUUUCCCCCAACAUAAUCACAUUAA